AUGGCUUCAGUCAAUCCAGCUUUGGCCCAGCUUCUAGAUGACCCUACCCGAGACUGGAGUACCUUCCCUACCAGAGAGCCCCCUUUUGAUCAAGCCGUUGGUCUUCCUGCAGUUAUCAGUAUUUCUUCCCUGGAGUGGCCCACCAAGUUGGAGACCCCACACCGGUUUGAUCACUGGCUGGCAGCAGCCACAAAUAUUCUCAGGGCAUACCACCUGGACCACUUGAUCGACAUCAACAUCCCUCGUCCAAGGAGGGCUGACCCAUAUGCUCUCCAUUGGCUCCAGAGCUCCAUCCAGGUACAAUCCUGGCUGAGUUCUAUGAUGACACCGCAUAUGUACAGGCAAAUUGAGAAGCGAGGCCACCGAAUUGCGCUAGCGGACGAGUUCAUUUUCGAAGCCAAAGCAACUUUCAUGCGCCGAAACACCACGGAAACUUUCCGAUUUCAGAUGAAUGAUGGCUACUUCAACCCGAUUGAGCACACCAUAGCCCUUCGACUCGAGUUCAACCGCCAUUGGAUAAAUGGCGUGGAGAUAUCUCCUUCCAUGGCCUUUUUGAGUGUGUUGAGGGGAUUGGAAGGCGCUCUAGCGCCCCAUGUUGAGGCAGCCCUGGCUAGAAUUGGAUGGGACGGACAAACCGUCACCACGAUUGAACGGUUUAAUCAAUAUUGCGACUUCAUCAUUCAAGAGCUUCGGCAUCAGGUUGUAGCAUCGAAUGGUGUUUUGUGA